AAAUGAAAUCCGAAAGCGAUGUGGAAUACACUAUCAAGCAACCCGAUCUGACAGAUGUGCCGACGCAAAGUGCGAAAAAUUUGGCGGAUGGAACGAUUAUUGUUGGGGAGAAUGAUACAAGCGACAAAGAAAUUGAAAUUGAGAAGGAAGAUACGACAAAACCAACACAUGAUAGGCAGAGUUGGACAAUGCGGCUCAUCUCCUCAGAAAGUUUCAAUGCUCCAAUGGCGGUUGAGUACCUAAACUCUAUACAAGAUAAGCCUAGUCUGACGUUUCUCGGAAAGCGAUUAUUUGACUUGCCGGAGAAAGACUUGGAUUUCUACCUUCCACAAUUAAUGUACUUAUACGUGACUAAAGUUGAUGCAGCGAGUGUGUCCCAUGCAUAUAUUGAAGAAAGAAAUAAAAAGGACGCUCAGUUCACCGUCUUGUGCAUUUGGCUCCUGAAUUGUUUCACCAAAAAUGUUCCAAACAAAUAUGAAAAUCAUGCACUCAUGCUGAAGAGCCUACUGAGUAGGAGUAACGUCCCAGGAACCUCUCAAUCAGCAGAUAAUAUGAUCACUUUGUCGUUAGACCGGCUUGAAGAAACCAAUUGGACAGUUGGCUCAAGUUACGGUAAAAGCGCUGGAGCACUUGCACGGGCUGCGAUCCAGAAAGAGUCCACAUUAACAGCGGAGCAUGAUUCAUAUGAAAAAUCUCGUUGUGGUCCCAUCAGCACGAAACUUCUCACCAACCAACAGAACUUUAUCGGUCGCCUUGUCUAUAUUGGAGUGAAGCUCACAGAGCAUCAUUUGCUAAGUUCUAAACAGGAAAAAACGAUCGCGCUUCAAUCAGAGCUUAGCAUGCUGAAUUCAAUGCUGCCCAACUCGGUGUGGAUUCCAUUUGAUUUUGAGAACACAAUGUUCAAUAUUUGUGUUAAUGAGAGUGCUGUGUUGAAUAGUAAAGAUAAGGUACCUUACGUGUUCUUUGCGGAAGUGAUUCGUUCGUCUCCAAACUACAACUCCAACAUCAAGACACUAUCAUCAGUCGAGCCAAGAAUCAAAAAAUCACAAAGUGAGAGUGUUCUUCUGAAAAAUAAAAGCUACCACGACUCGACGGAUCCAUCGAUUGCAGUGUUUGCCGAGUCUUGGGCGGAGAAGAAGGCUCGAAUUCGAGGUUCGAGUCGUUAUGAGAAUCAUCAGAAAUGGGAUUUGAUUCCUGUAAUUGUGAAGACCGGAGACGAUCUUUCUCAGGAAGCGUUUGCACAGCAACUUUUGUUUACUUUUAAGGAUCUCUGGCACGAAGAGGGUGUUCCACUAUACCUUCGCCCCUAUAAAAUAGUAUGUAUUGGCUCUGACGCAGGGCUCAUUGAGCCGGUCUUAGAUACUCUGUCUCUUCACCAAAUCAAACGUCAUCUGACUAACGUAUUUCGUAUGAAUGGAAAUGUAACGACACCAUCGCUGAAACAUCACUUUGAAAAUGUAUUUGGACCUGUGAAUAGUGAAACUUAUGUGAAUGCUCAGAAAAACUUCAUUCAAAGCACAGCGGCCUAUAGCCUUGUCAGUUAUUAUCUGCAAUUGAAAGACCGCCACAAUGGAAACAUUUUAUUGGAUAUGGACGGUCACUUGAUCCAUAUUGAUUAUGGUUUUUUGCUUUCCUCGUCUCCUAGAAAUUUGGGUUUUGAAACAGCGCCAUUUAAAUUGACAACUGAAAUUAUUGAUGUGAUGGGUGGGAUCGACAGCGACAUGUUUCUGUAUUUCAAAAGUUUGCUACUCCGUGGAUUAAUGGCAGCGAGAAAACACCACCGACGGAUUGUAUCGCUCGCUGAAAUUAUGUCUGCAGGAUCAAAAAUGCAAUGCUUCCGUGCUGGCGCAGAGACUGUUCGAGCUCUAGAAGCUAGAUUCCAUGUAAGCAGCACUGACGAGCAGCUCCAACAACUCGUCGACACGCUUGUAGAAGGUUCUCGGGAUAGUUACACAACACGGUUUUACGACUCGUUUCAAUAUUACACAAAUGGAAUCCAUUGAGUCCGGUUAGGUAUUUACUAGUCUUUCAAAUUGGUUAAGAAUCUCAUAUCGCUUAUUCUUGUUAUUGUGAUGAAAAUUGAAUGCACAUGAAUGAAUUGUUGUCAAUUAAA